UCAUGCUGUGUUAGCAUCCCCUCAGCAACUCCAUCAAUACUGCAUACAGCUAAGAAACUGGCAAAGGUCCUUUGUGCUGCAUUUGCAGGCUCGGCCAGCGAAAGAGAGCAACUCCCACGACCGGUCGGCUCAGUCUGCUGCUGCUGCUGCUGCUGCUGGAGGGGGGCUCACACACACACGCACACACACGCACCUAAACACACACACUCCAGAGCCUCUGCUGCAUCAGGAGGGACACACGGACAAGGAAUACUCCAGUGGAGAAGAAGAAAAAGGAUAGUUUUGGGGGAAGUUGUGCUAAUAUGUUAACAUGUUGUGCAUUGGACCUGUCACUGCACCUACCCCAUGAUCACUGCUGCUGUCUUUGACUAUGUGGAGGACUUGAUGUGUGCGAUGUCCACCGUGGACCUGCAGGGUCACAUACCUCCACUUCUGUGACAUUUCUACAUCCAAGGAUUUAAAGGCCAGAGGAUCUGACCCAACUCAUACCCCCCGUCUCUCUCUCUCUCUCUCUCCCCCUCCCUCCCUCUCCCUCAUUGUCCCUCAAUCUCGGGCCCACCAUGGGCGGAUGCUUCUCCAAACCCAAACCAGUUGAAGUCAAAGUGGAACUAUCUCUGCUGGAAAAAGAAAAAGAGGUGGAUGGCCUGUCACCUAAUGGCAAGGCGAGUCCCUUUGCAGACUGCAGGCCAAAUGGGGCCCUGGGACACAGCUCAGACGACGACUCCACCCCGCUCCAAGUCUACCACAAAUCACGGGACUACGUGGAGGCCUCUGUCUGCCACGUUAAAGAUCUGGAAAAUGGACAGAUGCGAGAAGUAGACUUGGGAAGUGGCAGAGCCUUGUUGAUUAAAGAACACGGCGAGUUCUCAGCAAUGGGCCACAAGUGUCCACACUACGGCGCCCCUCUGGUCAAAGGUGUACUGUCAAAAGGACACGUGCGUUGUCCCUGGCACGGCGCGUGUUUUAACAUCGCAACCGGCGACAUCGAGGACUUCCCUGGCCUGGACAGCCUGCCCACCUUUCAGGUCAGAGUUGAAAAGGACAAGGUCAUCAUCCGGGCAAACAAGCAGGCUCUUCAGUCGCAGAAACGGUCAAAGGCCAUGGCACGAUGUUCAGCAGUCAUCAACUCGAGCACGGGCUUCACUCAUGUUCUCAUUAUUGGAUCAGGUCCAGCAGGUCUGGUGUGUGCAGAGACGCUGAGGCAAGAGGGCUUCACAGAUCGCAUUGUCAUGUGCACCAUGGACAGACAUCCUCCUUAUGACAGGCCUAAACUGAGUAAGUCCCUAGACAGCACAGCAGAACAGCUGAGGUUGCGCUCCAUGGACUUUCUGCAAGAUCAUGACAUUGAACUGCUCACAGAAAAAGAGGUGGUGGCAGUUGAUGUGAAGAUGCGCUGUGUAACUUUUGAGGAUGGACUCAGGAUGGAAUACAGAAAACUUUUUAUCGCCACAGGAAACAAACCCAAAGCUCUGAACUACAAAGGCAAAGACGUCAGGAAUGUGUUUCACGUAUGGACGCCUGAGGAUGCUAAUAGCAUAGCGAGGCUGGCCAACAACAAGAACGCUGUGAUUGUAGGAACUUCUUUCGUUGGUAUGGAGGUGGCUGCAGCUCUGACUGACAAGGCCCACUCCGUCUCCAUCAUUGGGGUGGAGUCAGUCCCGUUUAAAAAAGCUCUAGGGGAGAAAGUAGGGAAAGCCAUAAUGAAGCUCUUUGAAGCAAACAGAGUGAAGUUCUACAUGCUGAAUGAGGUAUCAGAGAUGAUUGGCCAUCAUGGACAGCUGAAGGAGGUGGUACUGAAGAGUGGCAAAAUCCUGAGAGCAGAUGUGUGCGUCAUUGGAGCAGGAUGUGUUCCUGCAACAAGCUUCUUGAAACAGAGCGGCAUUCACCUGGACUCAAAGGGCUUCAUCACUGUCAGCAAGAUGAUGCAGACCAAUGUGGACAAUGUCUUUGCUGGGGGAGAUGUGGUGACCUUUCCUUUCCCACCGCGUAACAACAAGAAGGUCAACAUUCCUCACUGGCAAAUGGCUCACGUGCACGGAAGAGUCGCAGCUCUCAGCAUGAUGGGCAGAGUCACUGAGAUGAAAACGGUGCCUUACUUCUGGUCAGCCAUGUUUGGAAAGACCAUACGCUAUGCUGGUUACGGUGACGGAUUUGAUGAUGUCAUCAUCCAAGGCGACCUGGAUGAAUUGAGAUUUGUUGCAUUUUACACCAGGGGAGAGGAGGUGGUUGCGGUGGCCAGCAUGAACUAUGAUCCCAUUGUGUCCCGAGUGGCUGAGGUCUUAGGAUCCGGAAAGACGAUUAAAAAACGAGAUGUGGAGACCUUCUUGGCAAGACUGGAGACAUUUCCUGGUUGAUUGACAAGGGCUCCCAAUGACUUCCCAUGUGCACGGACCAGCCGUGCACUGGACUUCUGGACACUAAAUGGUGCUGAGACACUGAGCAGCUAUCCCGGUCUCCGGACUGUGACUGAGGUCAAGAUACUGAAACAUGGCACGGACGGGACUCUCUGACAUGAGAGCUUAGUCAGCAGGACUUAUUUGACCCAGGUUGUCAUGUUUCAAGCAAUAGUAAAUUCAGCUGCAAGAUGCCAUCUACAUGUACACUUUGUUGAUAAGCCACAGCUGGGCCUUGAUCUUUUUGUAUUAAUAAUAUUGUACUGUAUAUACCGUAUUUUCGGGACUAUAAGUCACACUAUUUUCCACGGUUUGGCUGGUCCUGCGACUUGUACUCCGGAGCAAUUUAUACAUGUUUUUUUUUCACACUGACAGCCACGAGAGAGCACUCUAGGCUUCUGUGCCAGCAUCUGCUACUCCUAUCACUCCUCUACCACUGAAAAUUUACAAUGUAAACAUCAACUGAUAAAGACAAUUGAGGCCCUGUCCACACGAAUACGGAUAUUUUAUUUUUCUAUACAUUUUGGCCUCUCAUCCACACGCAUACGCAAACUGAGGUUUUUAUCAACUCCGGCCAGGGAGAGGAUUUAUUAAAACUACGGCUUCAGCAUAUUCGUGUGGAUGGUGAAGACGAAGCUUUUGACAUACGCCUUCUGUGGCUUUACAUUGACGAACAGAGGCGCCAUUGUGGGCUUCGGAGGAUGCUAUACUGCUGCUGUUUUGCUCGCUAAACAGCUAAGACACCCCCGCCAGCGAUGGCAAUUUGGGACAAGACCUGAUCAGACCUCUAGCUGGUGGGACAACUUUCACAAGUUAUUUUUGGAAGAAUGGCAUGGGAAUGUUAGCAUGGCAAGAAGCUUGUGAUUGCUUCUACUGUACUGUACAUCUACAUGUUUGUUAUGAUAUGUCUACGAUAAUUAAGUCAUCUGCGCCUCUCAUUGGUUAGAAUUGCCUUAACAGUCUAUGGCUCCAGAUUCCCCUUUACUUUGGCAUGCGCAUGACAGUCACAAAUGCCCCCAAAAAGAAAAUCAUAUCCUCCAGAUUACAAGCUGCAAGUAGUGAAAUAUGCAGCCGAAAACGGUAAUCGAGCAGCAGAAAGAAAAUUUGGACUGAAUGAGAAACUUGUGAGGGACCUGGCAAAAAGCGGAGGAUACUCAAACAAAGCUAAUCACGGGCUAAAGGCUAGAUGGCCACAGCUAGCGGAACAAGUUCACAAAUGGAUGCUUGAACAACGCACUGCCGGGAGAGGCUUGUCAACAGUGCAGUUACAUCUCCACGCCCAGGUAGGUGCCAAGACGAUGAAUAUAGACGACUUUGCGGGUUGUUUAGGCUUUACCUGUAGUUAUCUAAAUAACUGUAUGAAUAACUAUGUUACGUUAACAUACCACCUAUUCAACAGACGCCUAUUUAGCCUGUUGUUCUCCGUUUCAUUGUUAUUACUAUAAGUUGCCUUUCAAGAUUAAAUGUCUGUUGUUGGUCUCUGAUUUUAUAAAAUAAAUUUCCACCCAAAAAUGCGACUUAUAGUCCAUAGUUUUUUUUUUACUCUUCAUCGUUUAUGCAUCAUCAUUUUUGGCUGGUGUGACUUGUAUUCCGGAGCGACUUAUAGUCCAGAAAAUACGGUGAAUGCACUGUAACUAAAUAAAAAAAAUACUAUUUGACUUUUUUUUUUUUUAAUAAUGGAAUGAUGGCAUCCUUGUGUACAGGCCUUUUAUCUGCAUGAUAGAUCUUUUUUGUCUAGAAGGCUCACAAGACACUUUAUGAAAAGGGGACCUAUUAUGCUUUUCCUUUUUUCUGACCUAUAAAUGUUACAAUGUUGUAUUCUCAUGUUAAAUGAUGCCAACGCGUCAGAUAAUGAGAUUUGGAAGAUUUGAACAGCUCUGCAUGCUGUGUUUUACAGAGUUUUUUUAAACACCGAGUUCCAUUGACGUCAAUGUAACACGGACUUCUUUAUACUGGCAUGCCCAGCACACCCGCUCUUCUUCACUCUGUGUUAGCACGUCGAGAAAUGGCUCCCAGGAAAUGUUUGUUCAGGUGUGCCUAAAGAGGCAAGCAUCAGGCAGAAGUAGUUGGAGUUGCUGAUUCCCGGCCAGCAAGAGAAGAAUAUGCUCAUCUGUCAACCGCACUUCACACGGGACUGUUUUGUGAACAUGGGCCAAUACAAAGCUGAACUACCCGCCAAACUGUUGCUGAAGUCCGACACCUUUCCAAAGUUUCUUGAUUGUGUUGAAGAGCCAGAAGAGCAAGCUGUAAGUAACAAUUUAUCAAUGUCCUAACUGUUCAUUUUGUGUAAGCAAUCAGACAAAAGGGGUCCGGCAGCUGUCCGGAAGUCCUCAGGAGCGCUUGGGAGUGCGACCAAUCACAGUGGAAUGGGCUCGGCGGGAGGCAUACCUGGAGGAGGGCAGGGGGUGGAGUAAAUUGCGCGGGAUGCAGGAAACACUGCAAGAAGAGGUGCAGAGUCUGGAAGAUCUAAAAAGCUUUCUUUGCGGGUUAUCGUGUGCAGCUGCUCUAUAGGAGUCCAGAACUCAAUACAAAGGCUUCAAAAUUAGUAUAAUAGGUCCUCUUUCAGUACACAUGCUUCUAAUGAGAUCCAAUAAAAGAGUUGUGUCAGAUAUAAGAGUGAAUCUUAUUAGGCUACACAUAGGCACACAUGCGGCUUUACUAAAUAAUGUUUAAAGAUUUAAAUAUACCUCUUAUUAUUGGCUGUCUUGUUUGUACAAAUAAAGUUUGAUCCCUUUGAUUUCACAUUAAUGCUUGCACAAUAGAUUGAAGUAUUGUUUAAGACAAUACAAAAUGAUGAUGAUGAUAUUGAUGAUGCUAAUUGCUGAUACCGGUCUCCUCCAUGGGGAUGGUUUUGUUACUAACUCAGGGAACUGAGGUUUGUAGCCUGCAUGGUUACUCUGUACUUCUACAAUAAGAAAGGAAUGACUUGCUUUAAUAUAUUUUUAUCAAAUUACCACUCCAUCCUGGGUUCUGUCUGUAUAAACUAGAGGCACUGGUGGAAGCAGGUGGGAUGCAUGGGCUUUUUAUAACUACAACUUUGAAAUAAAAUUCUUCUGC